UGUAAGGAACGGGUUGAAUGAAGUGCUUUGUAACAACUUGACCAUGCCUCUGUGCUGGGCCAUAGUAGGGAUAUGGUGCAUUCUUUUUAUGUCACCAUCCCGUAUACUAAGCCUAUCAACAAGGGAUAAUAAGGAAACAGAUUCAGUGGAAUAUUUUGAUGUGUUUUACCCUCAACGAGUGUCGGAUUUUGUGGAAUCGCCAGCUUUCAGGCAUAUAUGGAAGCGAAGUGUUAGCGAUAAGCUUAAGCGAACGCUUAAUCCUAAUGAGAAGUUGAUUUUCAGUGGAUUAAGAAGAAAUUUUACCUUAAAUCUAUCGCUUUCUAGGGAUUUUCUUGGACCGAGUUUUUUGAUAGAACGCCAAGGCGAGAAUACAACGUUAUUAGAGGAAUAUAAUAAAGGAGAAUUUCAAUGUUUUUAUUCGGGAACUGUGGAGAAUGAGAUUAAUUCAGUGGCCACUUUAAGUCUUUGCGGUGCAAUGAGAGGAAUGAUCCAAGUAGAUGGAGAAAAGUUUUUCAUCGGACCAAUGAAAAGGAAGCCAUCUUUAGCUAGUGAUAAUAAAUAUAAUAUAGACAAUAUUUUAAAUCUCCAACAUAUCAUUUAUAAAUUUCCUGAUCAAAAUCAUACACAUACCUCUUAUUGUCAUUUAAAAGAAAAUUUUAAACAUCAAAGAUUAAAGCGAUAUGUGCAAGAUUUUCAUAGUGUGAGUGAUCAUAUUAAUUCCAUAGUACAUUCUCGUCAUAAGAGAUCAGACUCUUUAAAGAGAUUUGUUGAAACUUUAGUUGUAGCUGAUAAAUCUAUGAAGGAUUACCAUGGAGAUGAUUUACAACAUUAUGUGUUAACAUUGAUGGCCAUGGUAACAAGUAUAUACAAACAUCCAACUAUAGAAAAUUUCAUCGACAUUGUAGUCGUUAAAUUAAUUUUAUUAGAAUCUGAGCAGGUAGGUCCGAGAGUAACAGCCAAUGCUGCAACAACAUUAAAAGAAUUCUGUCGCUGGCAGAGUGCUAGUAACGAACCUCUCGAUAGUCCAGGACAUCAUGACACUGCCAUUUUACUUACUAGAAAAAAUAUUUGCCGGGCAGAAGGGAAAUGUGAUACAUUAGGCCUGGCUGAACUGGGAACAAUCUGUGAUCCAGUCCGAAGCUGUUCAAUUAUAGAAGAUAAUGGCAUCAGUGCCGCUUAUACAGUUGCUCAUGAGCUCGGACAUGUAUUUAAUCUACCUCAUGAUGACGACAUACAAUGUAAAGGUUUCAAAAGACGUCGACUUGGCAGGAAAUAUCAUGUGAUGGCACCAACUUUAGAUUUCAACUCUAGUCCCUGGGAUUGGUCGUAUUGCAGCGCCAAACUAUUAACAGAAUACAUUGAUGCAGGUCUUGCGGAAUGUCUUUUAGAUCGACCCAAAGUUCGUAAAUAUGUUGAGAUGGUAGAUGACAGUCACUUGAAGGCACCUGGUCAACUGUAUACCGUGGAACGUCAGUGUGAGCUAGUGUUUGGCCAGGAAUAUACCAUCUGCCCUUGGUACAUGACAAUGGGAAGUUGUGAACGUCUGUGGUGUACCAAUAAAACUGAUUCUUCUUCUGGAUGUAGAACACAACACAUGCCCUGGGCAGAUGGUACAACUUGUGGCAGACGCAUGUGGUGUAAAUCUGGAAAGUGUGUAAAUAUGACACAACACAAUGGACCGCCGAUUGAUGGAGAGUGGGGAGAUUGGGAAAAGUAUGGGCCAUGCUCUAGAACAUGUGGUGGCGGUGUCAAAGAUAAAAUCAGACAUUGCAAUAAUCCAGAACCUUCCAAUUUAGGGAAAUAUUGUCUUGGGAAACGAAAAAAAUAUAAAUCCUGCAAUACCAAACCAUGUCCACCAUCAAAAACUGAUUUUCGUGAAGAUCAAUGUAAUAAUGCCAGUAAGAAAAUCCACAUUAAUGGUUUACCUGCCAAUGCAAAAUGGGUGCCAAAAUAUUCUGGAGUACAAAUGAAGGAUGCAUGUAAAUUAUUCUGUCGAACUGAUCAAGGUAGUGCCUAUUAUCAACUAGCUGAUAAAGUUAUAGACGGAACUAAAUGUCAAGCUAAUGAAGAUGAUAUCUGUGUAAAUGGAAAAUGUCGAGCUUCAGGAUGUGAUAAUCGUUUAGGUUCUCGUAUGAAAAGAGAUAAUUGUGGCGUUUGUGGGGGUGAUAAUUCUUCAUGUAAAACCAUUAGAGGAACUUUUAACAAUGCUAUCUAUGGUUAUAAUCGUGUUAUUACAAUACCUAGUGGAGCAACAGAUAUUGAUAUUAGACAGAUUGGUUAUCAGAAUUCUAAAGAUGAUGACAACUAUCUUUCUAUAAGUUCGGCUGGUGGUGAUUAUAUUCUGAAUGGAGGCUUUGUGGUUAGAACAGAAAAGUUUAGUAUCAAGGUUCAAAAUGGUGUACUUGAAUACAGUGGAUCAAGUGCUCAUGUUGAACGUAUCAACUCUACUAGAAUGAUUGGUGAAGUUAUCACUGUUUUUGUUCUGUCUGUUGGUAAACUUUACCCCCCAAAUAUAACCUACACAUACAAGAUCUCGGUAGGCCCUAAUGUCCAGUAUAAAUGGAGUAAUGGUGGUCAAUGGAGGAAAUGUAGUCGUAUUUGUCGAGGAACUCGUAAGAGAAAGAUAGUAUGUAUUAGAGAAGAUGAUGGAUUAAAUGUAUCCAAGAAAAGAUGUCGUGGUAAACCUAGACCAGAACGUAUUAUAGAAAGAUGUAAUACUAAUUGUCAAGUCGAGUGGCGAGUAGCGUAUCAGGAGGAAUGUCCAGUUAGAUGUGGAACAGCUCUCAGACGACAAUUUGUCAACUGUGUCAAACAAACCUCAUCUGAAGUUACAGAUAUUGAUGAUCGACAUUGUCGUCACCUUGGUGCCAAACCCAAUGCUUAUGUUGAAUGUCAUGGUGAAUGUUUACCAACAUCUUGGUCAUAUACUUUAUGGUCUCCUUGUUCUGUUAGUUGUGGUGUAGGUAAACAAUAUCGUCAAGCCAAAUGUGUUGAUGAAGCUGGUAAAGAUCUACCUGAGAAUGAAUGUCAUAUCAAAGAUAAAAAAAUUAUUCAAGUCUGUUUUAAUCCUGAAUGUGCUAGCUGGCAAACUGACCUUUAUACUGGGUGUACUGUCACUUGUGGAAGUGGUAAACGACAUCGUAAAGUAUGGUGUAGUAAAAGUGGGGAGGUGGUUAAUGAGAGAUUAUGUGAUCGUAUGAAGAAACCAACACCAACUAAAGAAUGUUAUAUGGGUGAAUGCCCAGAAUGGUUUAUAGGCGGAUGGGGAAUAUGUUCUGUAACAUGUGGUAAAGGGCACGAAGAACGAGCUGUUAAAUGUCGUCUUCAGGAUGUAUUACAAGAAGACAGUAUUUGUGAUGCCAGUAAACGACCUGUGGAUCAACAACCAUGUUAUCGUGAUAGCUGUCAAACAACUCCAUCUUUAUCAGAUGUUGAAACAACAUCAUCUUAUCCUGAUCAAGCUUACUGGAGAUUUGGUAGUUGGACAGAGUGUUCAUCAAGUUGUGGAACUGGAUCACGAGAUAGAUAUGUUAGUUGUAUGGAUUAUCACAAUAGAAAGAUAGAUAAUGAGAGAUGUAGCCAUUUACCCAGACCAGCCAGUAGAGAAAAAUGUUUCUUGACUCCUUGUGGUCACUGGAGUUUUGGAGAUUGGACUGAUUGUACAGUUACGUGUGGUGAAGGUGUUAGAAAGAGACAAGUGAAAUGUGUUUUAUUUGCUGACCAGAUGACAGCUGAUGAUCAGUGUGAUAUGUCCAGUAAACCAUUACAAGAAAUACACUGUAACCGUGGUGAUUGUUUAAAGGAAGAAGAAUUUGAUAUAGCUGUUAUAACUAGUAAUCGUGUUGAUGGAACCAGUCAUUGGAGGGUUGGACCGUGGAGCCCGUGUUCAGCAACAUGUGAGACUGGAUGGCAAAGACGUCAGGUUGUAUGUAGAGAUGAGAAUGGAGCAAGUGAAGAUUGUGAUGAAACAGUAAGACCAGAUGAAAUACAGAAUUGUGAGGGAGUUAAAUGUCCUGCUUGGCAGUAUGAAGAUUGGUCCAAGUGUUCAUCUGAAUGUGGUAAAGAAGGUGAACAGAGUCGAGCAGUCCGAUGUCAGUUAGAGCAAGGCCAGAUAUUAACAAAUUCUAACUGUGAUAUAACACAACGGCCAGCAGAUACCCGUCUGUGUAUUGGACCAUGUAGUAGCGGUUCUUAUAGAUGGCAUGUCGGCAAAUGGUCUGUGUGUAGUGUCACUUGUGGUCGAGGUCAACGACAUCGUAUUGUAACCUGCAAUGACCCAGAUGGAAAUGAACAUCUGACCACCCUGUGUCCAAAAAAGAAACCACGAAAUACUAAAAGAUGUUAUCGUGGCUUCUGUCCAAGAUGGAGUGCUACACCUUGGAGUAAGUGUUCAGUUACAUGUGGAGACGGUACAAGAGAGAGAGAAGUGUUAUGUCGAGAUAACACUCAAAACAGACGACGUAUACUGGACCCAUUACUAUGUUUAGGCAAACAAAAACCACCCACUAAAUCAACAUGUCACAGAAAACAAUGUUCCGAUUUUAUCUGGAAAGUGGACAAAUGGACAGAGUGUUCAAAAACAUGUGGGUUUGGUAAAAAAGAAAGAGAAGUAAGCUGUGUUGAUCGUCAUGGUGAAUCUGUGACCUCUCACCUCUGUGAUAAAGAUAAUAAACCGAAAGUAAGAAGAAGAUGUAGUGAGUUCCCAUGUCCAUAUAUUUAUAAUGCUGAACCCUGGUCCGAGUGUUCAGCUAAUUGUGGACAGGGUUCACAAACACGUGUAGUAAUAUGUCAGGCUGUUACUAAAGAAGGUUGGAUUUUACCAGGAGAAGUCAAGAAUAAAUGUAAACCACAAGAGCGACCUUUGACCUUCCAAUACUGUAACUUUGGUGAAUGUGACGCUCGAUAUCACUGGAGAGUUGGACCGUGGGGAGAGUGUUCUGCUAAAUGUGGUAGUGGAAAACAAAGAAGAAUGACAAUAUGUGUAGAUAAGCAUAAUAAUAAACGAUCUCGUAGUCGCUGUGAUCUCCGGUAUAAACCACCAUCAUCUCAACAUUGCUAUACUAAUCCAUGUUAUGCUAGAUCAUGUAAAGAAUUAAAAGAAUUAACAACUAUUAGAAAAGAUGGAGAUUAUAGAAUAUUGAUAUCAUCGCAACUUGUCUCAAUUUAUUGUAAAGAUAUGAGAAAACCAACUCCAACAGAAUAUCUGUCUCUACAAGAAUCAACUGAUGGUAACUUUGCAGAAGUUUAUGACAUGAGAUUAAGAAGACCUGGUAAAUGUCCGUAUAAUGGAACAAGAGUAGAAGGUUGUGAUAAAUGUCGUAAGAAAGCCUAUCGUCAAGCUGGUUUUACUAAAUAUAAUAAAAUUAGAAUAGAUUUAAAUACAUUAAAAAUACUUACACAAGAUAGUACGUUUAGUGUAAGUGAAAGUAGUAAAUUUAUACCAUAUGGUUCAGCUGGUGACUGUUAUAGUUCUCACGACUGUCCACAGGGAAAGUUUAAUAUAAAUUUAGUAAAUACAGGUUUUAUAGUAUCUGUUAAUACCACAUGGAUAUUACAUGGUAGUAAAGCUUCACAACGUAUCUGGAGAGUACGGGAAGGGGAGAUAAUUAAGGGAGUUUGUGGUGGUUAUUGUGGAAGAUGUUCACCAGACGCAGCAGCAGGUUUACAACUACAACUUAGACCUUAGGUACAAAUCAAAAUAGAGAACAUGUGCAAAUAGAAAAAUAUAGAAAGUAAAUUACCGUCUGAAUAUAUUGCAUCAUAUGUAUAAAUUGUGAAUAUUUCUUUAUAUAUAUAUUUGGACCAAUAUAUUUAUUGGAUGUAUGUAAUUCAAUGUUGUGAUACUGCCAGUUUGUGAUCCGUCCUUAAAAAUAACCUUUAAUGACAUCUUGAUAGGCUAAAUAAUUAUUUUUAAUAUAGAGUUGAAAGCAAGACUGCUUUCACUUCAGUUGGUCAAAAUUUUGUGUCAUUUUUUUCCCACAGUUAAGGCCAUAUCAGAUAUAGCUGUGUCACUUAAAAAGGCUGCAUGACCUGUUUUUUAUUUUAAAAAAUUCAAAACAUUCUCAUUAAUUACCACGCUUUUAUAUUACCCAUAGUAAAGGGAAGUCACUCUAUAAAAUCAGACGUCUACUUGUAGGCUCAAUUAUCAACCUGAUAAAUGUAUUUGACAAUCAUAAAUAUAAUAUCUUACUAAGACAAUACAUAACAUGGCCUUGUCAAAUAACACCAUAAACAACACUGCCUUGUCAAUUAAGACCAUAAAUAACACUACCUUAUCAAAUAAGACCUUGAAGCUAAUUUAUAUGGAAAAAGUUUCUGUAAUUUUUAAAAUGUACCACACAGAAUCAAAAAUUAGUCCAAAGAUUUGUUGUUUCAAUAGCAUUAAAUAAAUGAAUUGGUGGUAUAUAGUUAUUCUAUGGAAUGCAAUUAAUGUUUACAAGAUAUGUUUCGAGGUUGCUUCCCUAGUCUUUAUCAAGCUACUACAGAAGCCUAAUUAAUGCGUCGCUCAGUUAUGAACAGUAAUUGCAUUUCUUAGAAUUACGACCUGUGUAUGUCAAAGACUUAGUCUGCUCCAUUCACAUGUAGAAUUGGUCAGUUGUUCCGAUAAACAUACAUUUCUUGAAGUUAAUAUGAUGAUUAAAAAUCAGCUUAUUUGCCACAGUUUCGGACCAAACAUAUCAUCUCACAGAAACUUUCCAAAAUAAAUAUUGCAAAGAAAGUGGGCAUUCACACAAGAAUAUUUUUCCAAAGUAGAUCUGCCAAAGAAAUUGUGCCUAUGUAAAUUUAUAAGUAACAUCAGGGAGGCAGAGUACUGAAACUCAGAUAAUGAAAUAAAGGUUAUUCAAAUGUAAAUAUAUAUGUAGAUAAGUGUAUUAUAUUAAUUAGGUGUUCAUUUUAUAUUAAAUAUCAUUUUGUUAUAAGAUUUGAAUGGAUUUUAAGGUAGUGCAUGCUGCAUAUCUAUAUAAAAGAUAUAAUUACAAACAAAUUGUAAUUAAUUGUAAAUAUUUUACCUGUGCUAUACACUAAUUAAUAAUAUUGUGUACCGUACUGGAAAUUAAUCAAGUUUUUAAAUAUCUUAAAAAAUAAUUUAUAAAAUGAUCAACUUGGUAUAAAAUAUGUGUUUGUACCUGAUAACUAAUACUGAUUUAAUUGUUUUAUUAAUAAUUAUUGGAUAAUUAUCUAAGCAAUAUACAUAAAUGGUAUAUUUCAUAAUUAUGACAUAUUUUAUGAAUUGUCAUGGGGAUAUAUUGAGUAUAUCGACAUUUUGUGCAAUAUUUAGAAGAGGUUUUAGGAUUUUAGAUAGAGUAGUUUUGGUUUAAAUGAUUUAGAGAUAUAUCUUAUAUACAUAAUUGCAAUAGAUAUAGAACAUACAUCAUUAUAUUAGAUGUGUGUAUCUUUGUUCUAUUUCAUACAUUUCUAUUCUUCAUACCAUGCAUUAUUAUAUAUAAAUAUAUUCUCUCAUUCUCCAUUGCAAUAGCUUUUCUUGUGUUAUUGUUAUUUUGAACAUGUGUGUCCACUGGAUUUUCUCAUUCCCAUACCAAAUAUUCUCACGAUAAAUAAGAUAUUCGAUAAGCCAUAAAACCAAGUCUAGAUAUAUACUGAAUAAAAAUAUGUAACUGUAAAUGCGAUUCUAAAGCUAGUUUCUUGCCUAAGAAAAUUGUCAAACCAUUUCGUUAGGCAUUUAUAUUUCUCGAAACACCUUUGGACCUUGUUAAUUUGCAUAGAUGUUACGAGGGGUGAAUUUAGGCAAUAUUUCAAAGGCAAAAGAUUAAUUAUGGAUAAUAAUUAAUUAUAAGUCGUUAUAUUUGUAGAAAAUCAUCAUUUUCAGGAGAAAUAAAAACAAGUUAAGUAUACUUUAUCCAAACAAGAUUUUAUGUAAACAACAUUUUUAAUUUCUUUUUCAUUUUUACUAAAAAACGACCAUACCAAGUGCGAAUGAUCCCCUUAAGGCUAGUUUUUAAAUGGCUUUUCUCCUAAGAAAGGGAAUAGCAUUUUAUGCAUAAAAGAAUAUAAGUUUAAAAUGAUUUAUAUAUAAAAGACAAUAAUUCAAGGCAUAAUUGCAUAUUGCAUAAUUCUCAUAAUCAUAUUCUAUAAUUUGAUCAACCAUCAGCUACUACUGCCAAUUUUCAUAGUCAGCCAUAAUACCUCAACACACACAUUAAUAACUGUUUCCAAAAUAUUUUGUUUAGUUUCUAAGUGUCCUUUGGUUUUUUUAUGUUAUCCAAGAAUGUCUAUGUAUUGUUUGAAUAUAAUGAUGUUUAUACAUGUAUCUUAGCAACAAAUCUUCAUUAUUUGAUUUAUAAUCUUAUACUUUAUUUGUAAUUUUACACUUACACACAAUUUUAUAGCUUUUUUUUAGAAAUGUCCUUUUAGUUAGAGGAUUUUUUUGAGAAAAUUUUACUAUCAUUUAGGUUAGUAGGUUAUGUAAAAUGGCAUAAAAUGGUUAAUUUAAAUGAAUUUCAGGUAAGCACUAAUGUAAUAGUGCUUUUAAUUUAUUGUAUGAUCUUAAUAUAUUUUUACGGUCUUACAUGUAUAUUGAUCUAUCAAUGAUCUGAAAAUCAUGCUGUUUAUGAAUUUUGGUUGUUAAAUAUAGUUCGUAAAAUCAUCCAAAAGUGCAAAUAUUUUAGUAUGAUACCUGUCAUAAUAUUUAAUUGCAUUCAGCUUUAGGCUUUACUUUUAUUAGUAUUUUCAUCAGUCUAGUCAAAUCAAACCUCAGGUUCAUAUUUCAUUUAUCAAAUAGUCACUUCAUAGAAAUUAUAAUAUUCAAAGGUUAUGGCAAUUUUACUAGUAUUGCAUAUUAUAAUUAUUCAUCCAACUUAAUUAUAUAUUCACACAACAGUUAUUUCCAUAUAGAUUAUGUAUCAGGUCAUUUAAUACAAUUGAUUAUGUAUCAUUAUGAAAUAUGUCAUAAUAAUAUACAGUAUAUAGUAACAUCCAGACCAGAGUCGUAUAUACAAAGAGACUGACAUAAAACCACCACCACAUAAAUAGAUCAAUAUCAGAACAAAAAAAAAAUAUGUAAAAUGAUGAGUGUCUGUUAAAACAAAGGAGAUGAUAGUUCUACAUGAUAUACUAUGUAAGAAUAUGUAAUUGUAUGUGAUGCUGGUUACAUCCAUGUGAAUAUGUAUAAGUUUAAGAAGACAACUUAUCAGUAAACAUAAGCUACGUUUAUUUUUUUUGUGUUUAUAUAUUACCAAAGAACCCAAUACCUCACAAUUGGUUUAAACGACUGGACCUCUUUGUUUUGGUUCAAAAAUAAAAUGUUGAUUUCUUUGAAUUUGAUCUGGUUGAUAUGUUUUAUAGGCAGACAAUUUUCUGUUUAUAGAUAGAACCGGCAUUGAGAUGUAAUUGAUUUUGUAUUCCACUGUCGACACAGUAAAAAUAAUUUUAAAUUAGUGACCUUUGCUUAAUCUUUCGAAACAAAAUAACUCCUUCUCUAAUCCAAUUAAAACAUCAAAUAACCCAAUUCAUUAUUUUAUUUGGACCUAAAUCAAAGAGAUUUGGCUCCUUUGAAUUAAAACACAAUUUAGAAUAAAUAAAUUUUAAUAUAACUUUAUAUUAUCCAUAAAUAUAAAUUUAUUAGUAUGUAAACAUUAUUGAAAUUAUAAAAUAUUUUAUAUAUUUCUAAAUUAACAUGAAAGUUGAAAUAAAUGCACAUGUUGUAUUUUUUAUUUGGGAGCAAACGAUUUUAUUGACCAUAAUAGCAACAUAUACAGUUGAAUUGUAUGUAUAUCACCUGGAAGUCUUAAAGUAAAAGAUGUAUUAUUUCUUAAAAAGAAUUUUGGGGUCCUGAAAAUUAAUUACACACUGUUCUGAUUUUAAUUUGAAUAAUUUUAUUGACCACAAAACUAUUUCAAAUAUAGUAAAUCAGAGAAAUAAAAAUUAAAAUAAUUCCCCUUGUGUUACAUGCACUUUGUUUACCAAAUUUAGACCCAGUAAUCCAUACUCUAACCAAAUUACAAUGAUCAGUGUUCUGAGAAAAUUGUGGGUAUCAUUUGUUUGGAUACACAUUUGUGUCAUUUGCUGAAGAAAAGAUUAACAUACCGUAAAUAAAUCAUAAUUGAACUAUUUUUUUAAAGCUAAAGUCCUGUCACAAAACUGAAUUAAAAUAGAAAAAAAAUAAUAGGCUUUUGAGUAUGGUCAUGCAUGAUGGCUGCUGUAUUUAUUAAUAGUCAAUAUUUCUAACAUUUUCAUUGUAAUUUGUUUUAUUCUUUUGACAGGAAUCAAUCUUUAAAUAUUUUAUAAAUCAUCAAGUUUUUAUGUUAUAUGUAAUCUACUAACACUGUUUUGUAAAUAUUUUAAUAAAUAAUUUUGUCAGUUCUGUGGUAUUUAUACAGUGUAUGUUGUUUUUUUUUCUAGUGUUUUUGGACAUAUUGUAUAUUCAGAUAUUGUAUGUCUUUGAUGUAAUUACUACAGAUUUUAAACUUGUAUCAGAUGUAUUAAAUAUUGUUUUGUAUAUGUAA